AGCCCGCAGGAAUGCGCGGCUCACACUGUGCAGCCCCCCAGCACGAGCGGACGCACGCACAGAGCUCCUCAUUCUAACUUUACCAUUGUUUUUCUUCUCGUUUCUUUUAUAAUUAUCAACGAGCACAUUGGAUUUAGUCCUGUCAGAUAGGUAACCCUGCUUCAGGAUGACGACACCCUCCACCAUCUCCACCCUCCUCUUCACCUCCCUGGCCCCCCUUACCUCCCCAGGGGAGGGUCUGGGAGUGAUGGAGGUCAACGUCACCUCCUGUGAGGAGUGGGAGAAGGCCCAUCACUUGCUCUUCCACCUGGGGAACCUGUCUCUGCUGGUGGGGCUGGUCAUCCCCACCACCCUGACCCUGCACAUGAUCCUGCUGCGCUUCCUGCUGAUGACAGGAUGCUGUCUCUUCAUCGCCUGGGCAACGCUGUACAGGUGCAACCUGGACGUGAUGGUGUGGAACGUGGUGUUUCUGAUCGUGAACUUCAUGCACUUCUUCUACCUGCUGUACAAACGCAGACCAAUCAAGAUCGACCGGGAGUUGAGGUCGGUGUACAAGCGCAUGUUCGAGCCCCUCCACGUGCGCGAGGCCUUGUUCCAGCGGCUCACCGGGCAGUUCUGCACCAUCCAGACCCUGAAGAAGGGCCAGGUGUACGCGGCCGAGGACAAGACCUCCGUGGACGAACGCCUCAGCAUCCUGCUCAAAGGAAAAAUGAAAGUAUCAUACAGGGGCCAUUUCCUCCACAACAUCUACACCAACGCCUUCAUCGAAUCCCCGGAGUUCAGAUCAACCCAAGUGAACAGAGGGGAAAAGUUCCAGGUGACCAUCAUGGCGGAGGAGAACUGUAAGUUCCUGUGCUGGUCCAGGGAGAGACUCACCUACUUCCUGGAGUCUGACUCCUUCCUGAACGAGGUGUUCAAGUAUCUCAUAGGCAAAGACAUCACCAACAAACUCUACUCUCUCAACGACCCAACACUCAGUGACAAGGCGGUGAAGCAGAUGGAUCGUCAGCCCAGCCUGUGCUCUCAGCUGUCCAUGACGCAGAUGAGAAACAGCCUGGCCAGCACCAGCGACACGGACGACGUCCUCAACCAGAUCCUGAGAGGCGGCUCUGCUGGGUCCUCGCUCCAGAGAUCUCCCGCCACCAAGGCCUCCGCGAAAAUGAAACCCAUCGAGGAGGACAUGGAGGACGACGUCUUUGAGACGGAUUGUUCCUCCAACUCCCGCUACAUCCCCAGGACGGCCCCAGAGGAGGUGUAGCAGACCUGUCCCUCUCUCCACCCUCACCUGGAACCCUAUCCCUGUCUCCACCCUCACCUGGAAUCCUAUCCCCUCUCCACCCUAACCUGGAACCCUAUCCCCUCUCCACCCUCACCUGGAACCCUAUCCCCUCUCCACCCUCACCUGGAACCCUAUCCCCUCUCCACCCUCACCUGGAACCCUAUCCCCUCUCCACCCUCACCUGGAACCAUAUCCUUGUCUCCACCUGCCUCACCCUGGAAGAGUCCCUCAACUCACCCUAAUGAAGGACUUCACAAAACGGACAUCGAUUUCUGGAAAACCUAAUGGUUCCUUUAGACAUCUCACAUCUCAUCACAUUUUUGAUGUGGUCAACAGAAACAGCUUACUAAGAUUGAAUGGUUGUUCAAGUUUGACUAGUGUAAGUGUGUUUAAAAAAGGUCAAAUAAAUUAAAUAUUCAAUAAGUGAUAUAAAGUGUUUCACUGCUUAGACAUUCUUAGUGUCACGCCCACAUCUUUCCUGUUAAUGUAUUUUCUGUGGGAUUAAUCUUUUUUGGAGUUGUUGUAUUUAUUGUUUGAACUGCUGCAUUGUGUGUUUUAUCUGCACUGAGUUAUGAAUGUUCUGCUGCUUCCACUGCUACUGCAACAGCCACACUGGCUUGGGAUCAGUUCUUAUGUUAUAUUGAUUACACGGAAGCAACACUUUGAAAAUAAAUUGUUUCUUUAUGAUU